CAAAUAAUUGGAACCAAAGUUGCAAACCUAAGACUGCCUCUCGCGCUCUCUCUCUCCUCUGCCCUGAAGGCCUGAACUUUCUGUGCUCAGCACGCCACCGAUUUCAUUCUUUCCCAAGAACCCCAGUUCCCCCCCCACCAAAAAAAAAGGUACCAGCCCCAUUCUCUCUCUCUGCUCCCGAAGGUUCUCGCCAGCAGCUCUGGUCGCAGUUACAGCUUCACAACCGCCUUAAAUUCUCUCCAUUUCAUCUCAAUUUCAGCAUUUUGUUGACUGUUCAGCCUCACAUUGACUAUUCGACUACUUCAAUUUUCUCGCAUUCCAAGUAUAUUCUACCGAUCCAAUUGUGGUGGUGCAAGCAAACUCGCAAAGCCAUUUCAGCUGGAGGAUCUGACCUCUAGUUACUGUCCAAUUUGCAAUGGAAGAGGAAAAUUCUGUGGAGGUUCUGCAACGAUAUCGGCGGGAUAGGAGAAUACUUCUUGAUUUUAUACUUUCUGGCAGCUUAAUCAAGAAAGUAAUAAUGCCUCCUGGAGCAGUUUCACUGGAUGAUGUGGAUCUGGAUCAAGUCAGCGUAGAUUAUGUCCUUAACUGUGCUAAAAAAGGAGGAAUGCUUGAACUCUCAGAAGCUAUACGAGAUUAUCAUGACCAUACUGGUUUCCCACAUGUGAAUAAUGCAGGUUCCUCCGAUGAAUUUUUCUUGGUCACAAAUCCUGAUUCUUCAGGUUCACAUCCAGAAAGAGCACCUCCACCUAUCCCUGUAGUUGCACCAUCACCCAUCAUGUCAAGCUUAUCUAAGUCCUUAUCUCUAAAUUCUACACAUGAUCAAGAACUAACUGUGGAUGACAUUGAGGAUUUUGAGGAUGAUGAUGAUAUGGAGGAAGUUGAUAGUCUAAGGGUGAGACGAAAUCCCAAUGAUGCUGCUGAUGUAGCUUUGCGAUUGCCUUAUUUUGCUACAGGUAUCACAGAUGAUGACCUUCGUGAGACUGCGUAUGAAGUUCUUUUAGCGUGUGCUGGGGCUGCAGGGGGCCUCAUUGUUCCAUCUAAGGAGAAAAAGAAGGAUAAGAAGUCCAGAUUGAUUAGGAAACUUGGGCGUAGUAAGAGUGGGAGUGUUGUGACUGAAUCUCAGCACUCCCCCGGAUUGGUUGGGUUGUUGGAGACACUGCGUGUCCAGUUGGAGAUUUCUGAGGCAAUGGACAUUAGAACGAGAAAAGGGCUGCUUAAUGCUCUUGUGGGAAAAGUGGGAAAAAGAAUGGAUACCCUUUUGAUUCCUCUAGAAUUGCUAUGUUGUAUUUCACGCACAGAGUUUUCGGACAAGAAAACAUACAUAAGAUGGCAGAAAAGACAGUUGAACAUGUUAGAGGAAGGGCUUAUAAAUCACCCGGUUGUUGGAUUUGGGGAAUAUGGGCGCAAGGCAAAUGAAUUGAGGAUUCUUUUGGCAAAGAUUGAGGAAUCUGAGUCCCUUCCAUCUUCUACAGGUGAACUGCAACGUACAGAGUGCUUAAGAUCUCUUAGAGAGAUUGCCAUCCCACUUGCUGAGAGACCAGCUCGUGGUGACCUAACUGGUGAAGUAUGCCACUGGGCGGAUGGCUAUCACCUAAAUGUGAGACUAUAUGAGAAGCUGCUUCUUAGCGUUUUUGACAUUUUAGAUGAAGGAAAGAUUACCGAGGAAGUGGAAGAGAUAUUAGAGCUUUUGAAGUCGACCUGGCGUGUCUUAGGAAUCACAGAGACCAUCCACUACACCUGCUAUGCAUGGGUCUUAUUUCGCCAGUUUGUUAUCACGAGUGAGCAAGGAAUCUUGCAACAUGCCAUUGAGCAGUUGAUGAAAAUACCAUUGAAGGAACAGCGUGGUCCACAAGAGAGAUUACACUUGAAAAGCUUGCAUUCCAAAGCUGAAGGUGAAGAGGGGUUUCGAGAUCUUACUUUUUUACAGUCAUUCUUGUUGCCGAUUCAGAAAUGGGCUGAUAAGCAGCUAUCAGACUACCAUCUACGCUUUGCUGAGGGAUCUGUAAUGAUGGAAGAUGUAGUAGCAGUGGCAAUGGUUGCUCGAAGGCUUCUUCUUGAAGAACCUGAGCUGGCAAUGCAAUCUUCCUGUGUCACUGAUCGAGAUCAAAUAGAGUUGUACAUAUCUUCAUCCAUUAAGAAUGCAUUUACGAGGAUUUCACAGGCUGUUGAAACUAUGUCAAGUGCAACUCAUGAACAUCCACUGGCAUUGCUUGCUGAAGAGACAAAAAAAUUUUUAAAUAAAGAUACAACCAUGUUCAUGCCAAUUUUAUCUCAGAGGCAUCCACGAGCUACUAUUGUUUCUGCAUCUCUUCUUCACAAGCUUUAUGGGCACAAGUUGAAACCUUUUCUCAAUGGUGCUGAACAUAUGACAGAGGACGUUGUGUCUGUAUUCCCAGCAGCUGAUAGCCUUGAGCAGUAUAUAAUGACAGUUAUUUCAUCUGCCUGUGAAGAGGGAACUGCAGAAACCUACUAUAGGAAGCUGUCUCUGUAUCAGAUUGAAACAAUAUCGGGAACAUUGGUGAUGCGUUGGAUCAAUUCACAGCUUGGAAGAAUUCUGGGUUGGGUUGAACGGGCUAUCCAACAGGAGCACUGGGACCCAAUAUCUCCUCAACAACGGUAUGGUAGUUCAAUCGUUGAAGUUUACAGGAUUGUGGAGGAGACGGUUGAUCAAUUUUUUUCUCUUAAGGUUCCAAUGAGAACUGGAGAAUUGAUUAGCCUAUUUCGUGGAAUUGACAAUGCUUUUCAAGUGUAUGCAAAUCAUGUUGUUGACAAAUUGGCUGGCAAGGAGGACUUAAUUCCACCUGAGCCUAUUCUCACGCGAUACAGGAAAGAAGUUGGAAUUAAGGCUUUUGUAAAGAAGGAACUAAUUGACCCAAGACUGCCUGAUGAGAGAAAGUCUAGUGAAAUUAAUGUUCUGACAACACCAACCCUUUGUAUUAAGUUAAAUACACUAUAUUAUGCCGUUAGCCAAUUGAAUAAGUUGGAAGAUAGCAUAUGGGAGCGAUGGACAAGGAAAAAGCCCAAUGAAAAGUUUGUUAAGAGGUCCAUUGAUGACAAACAUAAAAGUUUCACACAAAAGGACACAUUUGAUGGGAGCAGAAAAGACAUAAACGCAGCUAUUGACCGAAUUUGUGAGUUUACUGGAACUAAGAUUAUUUUCUGGGAUUUAAGGGAGCCUUUUAUUGACAACUUGUAUAAACCCAGUGUCUCCCAGUCUAGAUUGGAAACGUUAAUUGAAUCACUUGACAUGGUACUAAAUCAACUCUGUGAUGUCAUUGUGGAACCACUUAGAGAUCGCAUUGUGACAGGUCUUCUUCAAGCAUCAUUGGAUGGAUUACUGCGGGUUAUAUUAAACGGAGGUCCGUCACGUGUUUUCUUCCCUGGGGAUGUUAAAUUAUUAGAAGAAGAUCUGGAGGUCUUAAAGGAGUUUUUUAUUUCCGGUGGAGAUGGGCUUCCUCGAGGAGUGGUUGAAAAUCAAGUAGCACGCAUUCGGCAAGUAAUACAGUUGCAUGGCUAUGAGACUCGAGAAUUGAUUGACGAUAUGAAAUCUGCAAGUGGAUUAGAGAUGCAAGGUGGCAAAGGCAAACUGGGUGCGGAUGUUCAGACGCUGUUGAGAAUUUUAUGUCACAGGAGUGAUUCGGAGGCUUCUCACUUUCUCAAGAAACAAUACAAGUUACCCAGAUCUGCGGCUUAGGGCAAAACCUGCACUCCAAUGGAGAUCCACACAGAAGCAGGAAAUGGAAGAAUGUGUAUUUGUAGCAAUUCAUUCAUGUGUGAAAUAUAAUUCUAUCAUUUUCACUAGAAAAAAAAAUCCAGCUGUUUUCUUGCCUCCUUUUGCGUUUCUUUUUGAAUUUUUGUAAUUGUUUUUUUUUUUUUUCACAUGUAAAAUUACUUAGGCCACAGCUUCCCAAAGGCAUGGAGGAAAAAUAAAAUGAAGACUCUGGUCCUACUGUACCAUUUUUUCAGGAUGAAUAUUGUAAAGAGCACGACAUUUGUUACCUUAAUAUUGAAUUUAAAGGAGUUUCUUUCUUCUGUUAUGCGGAAGAUAAUGGAAUAAACCACUGCUGUUGCUUAGGACA